UUCGAAAAUUCUUAGUCAUUGCGACGAUAGUUCACUAAAAGAGAUUAUAUCGUUUCCAAAUGAUAUUAGUCUGUCUAAAAAUUUUAAAAACCUCAUCGAAUCUGUAGUAACGAACCCGAAAAAUCGUUUGAGUUAUGUGAAUAUAACACAACAUCCUUUCUUCAGUUCUGUUAAGUGGGAAACAUUGCGAUCACAAGUUCCACCAAUAAUACCUACAGUCAAAAGUGAUGAUGAUGUGUCCAAUUUCGAAGAUCCAAGCCGUAGCAAAAAGGGACGUUCUGAUACAUUUGUAAAACCAACAACACUGGCGACAAUGAAAUCGAACGAUUUUUCUGGUAAAGAUUUACCAUUCAUUGGUUAUAGUUUUGUGCAUAUGGAGAAAUCGAGCAACACAGAUGAUAAUGCUUUUGUUGUGAAUGAUACAAGAUUAGCUAAAUUGAAUACUAAAUUGAGAGAUUUAGAGAUUAAAUUGAAAGAUCGUAUGGAAGAAAUAAGUAAACUUAGAAAGGAGUUAAUUCAAAGCGAACACAAAACCCAGGAAUCGCAUAGUCAGUCAAAAUGUUUGCAAGAAGCGAAAAUUGAGUUAGCAAAAAUGAAGAAGAUUAUUACUGAUAAAACAGCUGAAGUGGCCGCUUGUAAGAAGCAAAUGAAAACCCUACAAAGUACUGUAAAGGUUGAAGAGGAAAUGUGGGUACAAAAGGAGGCUACAAUUACAGAAUUGUUACGAUUAAAUCGACACAAGUAUGAAGAAGCUAAGAUAGCUUCAGAACAACGUUAUGAGAAAUUGUUGUCAGAAAAAAUUGAUGAAAUUUGUAACUUAACUGAAAAAUUGGAAUCCCGUCAAACUGAACUUAUAGCGAAGAGUGAAGAACUAACCCAUCAACAAGAAAAAAUGAAUAACUACAAAGAAAUGUUGCGACAAUGCAAAGAGCAAGCACAAAUGGAUAAAAAAAAUUUUGAGAAGUAUAAAGAAGAAGUAAUUCAGACCUAUGAAGGGUCUUUAGCUGAAUUACGUGCCAAGCUAUUUAGUGAAAGGGACUCAAAGGCACGACUUACUAUGCAACUUCAAGAUGUGCGUUCUGAGCUUGAUGAAACUAUUUGUUCUUCAAAGUCAACUGAAGAAGCUAAAAAUGAAACAGUCAAAAGUAAUGAAGAAAUUUUAAAACGUUUAAAUAUAGAAAUAGAAGAAAAUAAUAAACUGCACAUGAUCAAAUCUGAACUUGAGCAGGCAUUAACUGUGAAGGAAAAAGAAAGUAUUGAGUUAGAACAAGAAAUUGCACGUCUGGAAAGAGAACUGCAGUUAGUAGAAUGUAGUAAACAACUUGCUGAAACAGCUUUCGAUAAGCAUGGAUCCACUUAUGAAACUGCACAAGGUUCUUUAACCGAGUUGCAUGCUAUUGAAGAACAGUUACGCGCCGAUCUCGAAGUAGCCAAAGAAAAUGAAAAUGCCCAGAGAGAACGGGCAGAUAAAUUGCAAAAUAUCGUUGAGAAGCUGGAAUCCAUGUUAGAGAAAAUAAAUGAGCAAACUUCUUCACCUACCAAGCCAUACCCAGCACCACGCCACAUUACAAACAGUGUUGGCGAUAUGUUGGAAAAGCAAAAUGAAAAACUGGAAGACAAGCUUGAAGCUGUACGUGAAAAAAUGAUUGUCGAACGUCAGGCAGCUCGUACAGCUCACUUAGCACUAUGGAAAGCUGAAAAACAAUUGGAAGACACCUUAGCAGAAAAUAAACGGACACAACGUCGCAUGGAACUUACCGAAGAACGAAUCAAAAAAGUGCAAAAUGAACGUGAUGAAGCACAGCGUUUAUAUAAAGCAGUUCAAGAGGAAAUCAAACAACGUGAGGAACGUUUGCAGGAGUUAAAGGAUGAGAUCGCAGCAACAAAGCGCGAUGUUCUAAAGGAACAUAGAAUGUGGGAGAAGUCUGAACAGGAGCGUAUGAAAAAUAAAUCAGAGAUUAUUGAACACAUAUCAACUUCACAAAAAUUAAAAGAACAACUCAAAGAAACUGUGAAUAAAUUAGACCGCACGCAGCAGGUAAAUGAUUCACAAAAAAUGGAAGUCAAACGUUUAUUGGGUGAACUGAAACUAGAACAUCAAAAGAUAGUAACACUUACCGAUGCCAAAUCACAAUUGCAGAUGCAAAUGAAGAAUUUGCAAGAUAAUUAUGAACGUCUUAAGUAUGCCUGUACUAUCACAGACAAUCAACUGACCGAAGUCGAAGCUAUGCUGGAAACAGAACAGAAACGUAAUAAAUCGCAAACGGAAAAAAUUGAAAAACUCUACGUUAAUAUACAACAAAAAGAUGACACAAUUUCGUCACUAAAGAAAGAUGUACUUGAUGCACAGUCACAGAAUAAAACUUAUGAAGCACAAAUACGUACACUUAAAGCAGAACUGACAGAAUACAAAACAAAUCUUCAAGACGUGAAAAAUAGACUAGCUACACUACAAAAACAACUAUUAGACCAGACGACAAAUCUAUUCCAAACACAAGAACGUAUUGAAAUUCUCAAAGAUGAAAACAGUAGUUUACAAACACUGAAGGAGAGUAACUCGGCCGAAAUAAAUUCUUUGAAAGAGGAUCACUCACGCGUAUUGUGCGAUCUCUUCUAUGCCAAGGAGCAAAUACAAUCUUUACAAGCAGAAGUCAAGGAAACUAUGCUUAAUGUUGUGGAAUUGCGUGCUGAGAUCGAGGAAUUAAAUGAAAUUUUAACUGAAAAAGAAAACUUUUACGUACAACGUGAAGUUAAAUGUGAAACCACUAUAUCGCAGCAUAAAAAAUUAAUUGAUUAUUUACAAUUGAAAUUGGAGGAUGUGACUGGUAAAAAGAAAAAGACUUUUGCUGAUAAAUUUUUCGGUAGCCAUAACACUAAAGAAAACAUAAAUCCUGGUGUUAUCGAAUCGUCAAUAGUGUACCGCACCUUGCAACAGGAGUUAAAUAGAGAGAAACUUCGUAAUAAAACAUUGCAGGAACAAGUUGAUAAGCUUUCAUAUAAUGGUUCUAUAUUAAAAUCUCCUAUGAAAAACGCUUCCUUUAAUGAAAAAACCAAACAAUUCGGUAGUGUCUCAAGCGUUAAAACAAAUUCACCUAGAAAACUUGAUUCGUCGAAACCCAAGUCAACACCAAAGGAAGAAGUUAAGAUUACCAAUUCCCGCACUCAAGUCAUACCUCAAACUCAGCAUGCGUUCGAGUUGGCGCUAAUGGAAACAAAUAUCGGUGGUAACCUUUGUGAAUGCUGCAAAAAGCCACUUAUAGCUGCUGCGGCAUAUUGGAAAUGUAGAGCAUGUAAGACUGAAGUACAUCGCAAAUGUCGAAGUACAUUUAAGACAGGUUGCGAUGGCGUCAGUGCUGUUCUCUCGGGUAGUAGCGAAAAUAAAAAUGAUGUCUCGAAAAGUACAGCAACUAAAGCUAUUGCCCACAAUAAUGACUCAACAGAAAGUCAAGCUGAUACUAAUUCAAUGGAUAAAUAUUCUUACGAAGGUAAACUAGAAAGUGACACUGAAACUCAAUCCGAAUGUGGUAGCGAUGUUUUUGAUACUUUAAUUCUUAUCAUGGAUGAGAAAAAUGCACAUAAAUUGGUGGAAAUAAAUUGUGCUUAUGAGGCAGAUGAUAAUCAAAUCCUACUGCUUGGUUGUAAAACUGGUUUAUAUGCUUAUCAUUUGCAAACACAACGUAUGGUUCACAUUGUGGGUAUAGAGUCAGUGAGUUGCAUAGCUAUAGCAGAGGCUUUAUCCAAAGCCAUACUCGUUAGCGGUAGUGGUGAUUCAAUAUUCCAGUGCGAUUAUCGGCAACUGCUCACACGUUGUCAAUCGAACACAAGCAUUAAAUCUCCACUGGAAGGAUCAGUAAUUGAUUUACCUUUUGCAAAUCGUGCACAAGAUGAAAGAUGGGUUUUAGUUAAAAUGUCCAAUGAGACUGAAAACGCGUUAGACACGGUAGCUAUGGCGGCUACUUCAACACGUAUUGUCAUAAUGAAGUACGAUGUUAAAUUACAAAAGUUUAAGCCGGUACGUGCUUUAGACACUACCACACCAGUAAUAUCAAUUAUUUUCACACGCCAUACGGCUAUUGUAAGUUCGGAUAAGUUUUUUGAAAUUGAUUUGAACAGCUAUGCGGCGGAGGAAUUUGUUGAUCUUUCCGAUGCAUCACUGAUAAAUACCAGCGCGUGUCAUCCUGUCGAAGCUAUACAGAUAUCACAGCAAGAAUUUUUGUUAUGCUUUAUGGAAUUUGGUGUGUUUGUUGAUGAGUAUGGUUGUCGAUCACGUCCAUAUGAUUUAUUAUGGGAAUAUACGCCAACGGGUUUUAUGUAUCAGGAACCAUUUCUUUAUGUUGCACAUUUUCAAAAUGUACAAAUAAUUCGCUUGCAUCGUUCAUAUUCGAAUGAAGUGAACAGCGCUGGAGGUAAAAAUUCUAAAACUGCUACAAAUGGUGAUAAUGACAUCACAUUGCCACAACACAAACGUGUGUACUUGCCUUUCUACACGCCCACUUUACUAACUAAAAGCGGUAAACGUAAUUUAUAUACACUCGCGCUACAAAAGGAGAAUGGCUUGCAACAGAUUAAUCACAUCGAUGCAUUACAAGCGUUCAAACAGAAACUCAAUGAAUCACUGGAUACUGUUUCGUCAAUAGCAACGGGCAUUUCAUUGGGUUCACUGACCACGCUUAAUAGUACAUAAAAUUGCAUAUAUUAAGUAUAACUACAAAUGUUGUUGUACGAGUUAAAUAUAUUAUUCUAUUUUUGUUUUUUGCUUAACGUGUACA